AUGCCUUACUAACAUUUUCAAUUAAUUCCCAUUAUAAAGACAAUUCCUGGCUUCAAUGAUUUUAUUUUUAAAUCACAAAACAACAAUCACAUCAUCACUAAUUUUAUUUAGAAUUGCAUGAAUAAUGAUAACAACAUCAUUUUGGAUUUGUAUUAUGAAAUUAUCACUCUACUUCCAAAUUUAAAAAUUAGCGAUCAGGAUUAAUAUUUAAUAAAUAUAAUGUAAUUGUUUCUAAAAUUAACAGUUACAAUUUUGUAGAUCAAAACUGUAUUCAACAUUAAUAAACUAAAAGAAUGGGGAACCAUCAAGAGACAACUUACUGAAUAACAGAACUAAUUUGUUAAGAAUCUAAUUAAUCAGAUAGUCUAAAUUAAUCAAUACAGUAUCAAGUAAGUACCUCAAUCCAAAUUAUGGAGUCAACAAUAAAUUUAUCAUGAUCAAUUUGUCUCAGAAUUUAACAAUAGACUAAUUGAGAAUCAAGUAAUCAAUAACAUCUUACGAAAACAACUGAGUCAGAUACAUAAUAAAUAGAAUACAAGGUUGUCUCUUAUCAUUAGGAUUAUUCAGUGCUUUUAUUAUAAUGAUGUUGAAGAAUUAAUUGGUCUCAUGUAAUCAAUCCAAGGGGAAACAGAUAUAGACAUCUAUCUAUCUAAACUAAUCUUAGAUUGCGAUUGCAUCAACCUAAUAUUGUUUCCUAGUUUGUUCAAUCCCAAAUUUGUUCUUAAAUCAAUUACUAACUUACUUUAAUUUAAGUGUCCUGGACAAUUCUACUUAUUGUAUACGAAGUAAGUGUGUUAAAUUAGGAAUAUCGAUCUAUUGAUCGACUUAUUAACUAAAAUGCAUAACUCUAUGAAUUCAGAUGUUGUUGUUAAAUUAUGGGAUGUGCUUGGAGCUAUUGCUAAGAGCGCAACCUUAAAGGAAUGUAAAGAAGGUCUCUAAUUUGUAAUAAGAUUAUAUUCAAAUUCUCAUCAAGCAACAAUAUUACAUAAUAUAUAAUAAGUAUAAAAAAAUUUAGCAAUCCCAAUCUGA